UGAUCUCCUCUCCAGCAUCUCUGCCUAAUGUAAUGUAAUGAAGGAGACGGCGACAUGAACACGACGCACUGUGCGCUUCCCCGGGAAUGCCUCUGACAGUCGCGACAGCCUGCACCCCAGCUGAGUGUGUGUGAAGAUGAAGAAGCAGAAUGUGCGCACUCUGUCCCUCAUCCUCUGCAUCUUCUCCUAUCUGCUGGUGGGCGCCGCGGUGUUCGUGGCGCUGGAGUCCGACACCGAGAGCGCCCGAAAGCGGAUGCUGGAGCAGAAGCGCGCGGAGCUGCGGAGGAAAUACCGCUUUACCGACGGAGACUAUCUGGAGCUGGAGCGCGUGCUGCGGCAGGCGGAGCCACACCGCGCCGGCACACAGUGGAGGUUCGCCGGAUCCUUUUACUUCGCCAUCACCGUCAUCACCACCAUAGGGUAUGGGCACGCGGCCCCAGGCACAGAUGCAGGGAAGCUGUUCUGCAUGCUGUACGCGGGUCUUGGCAUCCCGCUGACCCUGGUGAUGUUCCAGAGUCUAGGCGAGCGCAUGAACACUGGUGUGCGUUUUCUCCUCAGCCGAAUGAAGAGCGCUCUGGGCCUGCAGCGCACCGAGAUUUCCACCCAGAAUAUGGUGCUGGUGGGCGUGCUCUCCUGCCUGGGCACGCUCUGUGUAGGCGCCGCUGCAUUCUCACAUUUUGAAAGCUGGACGUUCUUCCAUGCCUACUACUACUGCUUCAUCACGCUCACCACCAUCGGCUUCGGGGACUUCGUGGCGCUGCAGAAGAAGGAGGACCUGCAGGAGAACCAGCCGUACGUGCUGUUCAGCUUCAUCUACAUCCUGCUGGGCCUGACGGUGAUCGGUGCCUUCCUCAAUCUGGUGGUUCUGCGGUUCCUGACACUGAACACCGAGGACGAGAAGCGGGAUGCAGCAGAGCGGGCAUCACAGCGGGCAUCACUGCGAGCAUCAUCACAGCGCAGAGCUCCAGCUUUCAGACGGGACAGCCAGACACACAGCCGCACAAACCUGCUUUCCCCGCAGCCCACGCCGCACCUGCGCUGGUUCUGCAGCCGCAUACACCUGGAGCACACCUCCGCAUGCAGAAACACCUGUGCCGGCUGCAGCGUGAGCUCCGUGUCCUGCAGGAUUCAUGCGGAUACAAACAACACAGCGUUCUCCUCCCCGCGCAGCACACUGUCUGCUGGACUCAGCUUCACCACACGCAGGAAAUCUCUGUAAAUAUAGUUAGAACAAUCGCUGGAUAUAUAGAGUUGAGGUCCGUUUUCACAUGUGUGUGUUUCUCAGUCAGAUCAGUCAACA